UGCGUGAAUAGAGUAAUAAUAUCAGUAACCACUUGAAAAUACAUUAUCUUCAUAUUUGCUGUUUAUCAUACGCGAAUUCGGCCCUUAAAACAGAAUGUUUUCAAUUUACUGCCGGGGAUAUUUUAAGUACAUUCCCGCAACAGAUAUAAGAGAGGCGUCGCGACGCUCUCUAUUCAGUUUAGUGAAUUUGUUUGCCUCGUGUAUUAAUACAGAUCUCCCUUAUUACUCUUCUGUUGCUUCUCCCUAUCUUCUUUUUUUCUUUCACACGCAACAAUUACGCAACACGGUAAAAUAAAUAAGAUAUAGGCGAUAAAGUAAAUUGAAUCCUUGAGGCGAUGCUUCUUAUAUCCGCCCCCUGCAUUUAAUCAUGGAUUAAUCAUUUAUUCUUGUGCUACUUGAGCCCCACAUUCAGUUCAAACAAUGGAGGUUUACGAAAUGGGGGAGUACGAUUACAAUAACGAGUACGAAUACGAUGUUAAAGAAUCUCAUUCGACUUUCCAUUGGGAAGAACUGUCACCUGUUCUGGUGGUCUACGGAAUCACCUUUUGCUUAGGUUUGUGCGGAAACAGCCUAAUCGUCUACGCAACCUACAGGUACAGAAGGAUGCAAAGCGUGACAAAUGUCCUUUUGGCCAGUCUCGCAUCCUCGGACCUUCUGCUCAUCGUAUUCUGUAUACCUGUUAAGGUGGCGAAGCUAUUCUCGUAUACCUGGGCUCUAGGGUCAUUCCUCUGCAAAUGUGUACAUUACAUACAAAACGUCUCCAUGAUUUGUUCAGUAUUAACAUUAACUGCCAUAAGCAUCGAACGCUACUAUGCCAUUGUUCAUCCAAUGAGAGCUAAAUACAUUUGCACUAUCAGUCAAGCACGUAGGGUCAUUCUACUAACUUGGGCUUUAUCCAUUAUACUGGCCAUACCCAUUUUAUUCGUUCAGAUCCAGAUGUCCGUAGGCGAGAAAAUUAAAGCAUUCUGGUGCGUCCGAGAUUGGGAAAAUCGCUCUUUAUGGAUAUCCCAUGAAGUCUACAUGUUGGUCCUAGUACUCCUAAUCCCAUUUUGCAUAAUGACUCUAGCGUAUUCUCUAAUUUGCUGGGAAGUUUGGAAUGUGAUGGAACGCAGGAAUCUAAUGACCAGUAGACAUGCUCUUUCGAGGAAUCAUACGGUGCAACACGACGGUAUCCAGUUGAACAAGUUAUCGAAGCCCAAGAAAGUCAAGUAUGGUAGAGAUGACACCAGGAUGGUGAAGCAGGUGAUUUGCAUGCUAGUGGCGGUGGUAUUCCUAUUCGCGAUUUGCUGGGGACCAGUGCUCAUAGACAACGUCCUGAAAGCUUAUAAAAUUCUACCAAAGAUUCGGACGGGUCCUUUGAAAUACAUGGGAACCACCUUUCACUUAAUGGCAUACUUCAAUAGCUGCAUAAACCCGGUUAUUUAUGGAUUCAUGUCGAAGAACUUCAGAGAUAGCUUCAAAACGGUACUUUGCUGCUACAAGGAAGGCGCGAAGAAGAGACAUGCAAGUACGGCGACUAGUAGCAUACGCCAUGCAUCUAGAUCUGGAUCGCAGACUAGGAAUACUUCGAUCAGAUAGAUCGGUUCCAGUUAAAUGCUUUGCUUUCAUAAUGCGUCUACUUAAACUAAACAAAUAAUAUCUGCGAAAAACAUCAGUAAUACAAUAUCAUUCGAAUAUGAAUUGUAGCAAUUACAAUGUGCACAGGUAUUAAUUAGUACCGUAUAAGUUAAAGAUAAAGUACUUAUCACCUAUCUUAUUAAAAUCAGAACGACGCAUGUUAUAAUGAAAAUUAAUAGAAAACACGUUUUACGUAAUUACCAUUGAGUCGAUAAUUUGGUCUGCGAUGUAUUUGGAUAGUGAUAUUGAUAUUUUGCGACGCUACAUAUGUUACACAGAAAUAAUAACAACGCAGUAAAUAUGUAAAAAUGAUGAUGCAAAAGCAUUGAUCAUCAAAAAUUUGUAAUUAUGUUAUCAAAAUAAAGUUUAA